CUGCAGUCCUGCGUAUUCUAGUAUAUCUCCACUACUACAUCUUCAGAUGGUUCCCCGGGUCUCAGACCCUCAAGCUCGGUGCAACUGAGACUCGCCGGGAGCCCAUUCUUGAGGCCGACCAUGUGGGAAGCUUGGUGCUGGGUGUCUGGCAGAUGGGAUCCGGUAGAUAAGAGAAGACUACGGCGGUUGUGUGCUCUGGCCUGGGGUCGGUCACCGCGUGAAGAUGUUCAGAUGAAUCAUGGACGCAAGGUUGCAUACACGGCUCCAACUGCCUGCGUGAUGGGCCAUGUGUGAGAUGAAUUGUCGACACACCAAGGGUUAGGGUCAAAGACUUGAUUCACUCCAAACCGCCCCGCUUCUUUGCCAGGGCCACAGCCCUAAUCAACGUUUCUCUGCCAAGACGUCCACUCCGCAAAAUUUCCAGAUACCAGACCUCAAUUGCGAUUGCGCCUUGUCCGACUCCGAACGACAGCUUCCGACACGAACGAUCAACCUCACCCAUCUCCGCCAAAUCACCCCAUACACACCGCCAAAAUGCCUGGAGGAGUCACCGUUCGCGAUGUCGAUGCCCACAAGUUCGUCGGCGCCUACGCCGCUUUCUUGAAGCGUCAGGGCAAGCUCCCCGUCCCCGGUUGGGUUGACACCGUCAAAACCGGCCCCGCCAAGGAGAUGCCUCCCCAGGACAUCGACUGGUUUUACGUCCGUGCCGCUGCCGUCGCUCGUCACGUCUACCUCCGCAAGACCGUUGGUGUCGGCCGCCUCCGCCGCGUUCACGGCAGCGCCAAGAACCGUGGCUCGCGCCCCUCCCACCACGUAGAGGCCUCCGGCAGCGUUGAUCGCAAGAUCAUGCAGGCUCUUGAGAAGAUCCAGGUCCUUGAGCAGGAUGAGGAGAAGGGUGGCCGCCGCAUCACGCAGCAGGGUCAGCGUGAUCUUGACCGUAUUGCCCAGACCGUUGCUGAGGCUGAGGGUGCGGAGGAUGAGGAUGACGAGUAAAUGUCGUCUUUUCCAACAGUCGCUUUACACACCAGGCUCUUUGCUGAGUACGCAAAGAUGUGAAACGGAAGGGUCGGCAUGGCAUGGAUUUCCGGUAGCAUAUGGGUUAGGCGUCAAAAAAGGAUUUAAUGGCUUGCUUGAUCAUGCCUUUCCUCGCUCACCUAGGCGACCAAGCUGGCUUUAUAUGUGCUAGCUUUUGAAGCAUAUCUGCCAUAAGACGGUGUUUUCUCCAGCUUUCCUGCGCGUAGAGCGUAAAUCAAUACCCAACAAACCAAGUCAAACAAACAAUAGUACCAUCUUCUCCGUGA